UUACAUGGUUAUAAUUGAAAAUAAUUAGAAUAAUUCGCGUAUUUGUUAUCAAAAAGAAUAAAUAAGUGGAAUAAGUGAUAAAGGGGAUCAAAUUUCGAAAUAAUCGGUGGGAAUGUCGUAAAAGGUUAGUUUAAGUGUAAAAGCACGUGAAGCGUCCUUGAGGUUGUGUUAAAUGUCCCAAUGAGCUUUAAUUGGGGCCAAUUUGGAAACGAAUUACAAAGAAAUUACAUUGUUUGGGAACAAAAUUGGAAAUUAUGAAAGAAAAAAUGGGUGGUUGUCUGACUGUGGAACGCGAAGAGGGACAAGCGAGGAAAAGAAGCGAAGAAAUCGACCGGGAGCUGGGAGAAUUCGCCAAACAGAGAAAUAAUGUUAUUAAAAUACUUUUAUUAGGCGCUGGUGAAAGUGGGAAAAGUACUUUAGUUAAGCAAAUGAAAAUCAUUCACACAGAUGGAUAUAGUUUUGAGGAAUUAAGUAGUUAUAGACCGACGGUUUUAGAUAAUUUAUUGGCUUCUAUGAAGUACGUUUUAUCAGGAAUGGGGUUAUUAAGAAUUAAUUUGGAAUUUUCAAGAAAUAAAUAUCAUGCCCAAAUGGUUUUAACAAGUAAAUCAUGUUUUGAUAUGAAUUUUUUUGUAAUACCUGAUGUGGCAGCUUCUUUACAAGCUUUAUGGGCCGACCGUGGGGUCCGAUUAGCAGUGACCAGGGGUUAUGAAUAUGAAUUAAAUGAUUCAGCUCUCUAUUUAUUCGAAAAUAUGGAUAGAAUUUGUGAUCCAAAAUAUGUUCCAACCCCAACAGAUGUUUUAAGGGCUAGAGUAAGAACUCAAGGGAUAAUAGAGACGAAUUUUCGAAUUAAUGAUAUAAUUGUAAGCAUGUAUGAUGUUGGAGGGCAAAGAUCUCAAAGAAAAAAGUGGAUUUAUUGUUUUGAUGAUGUUCGAGCUGUACUUUUUGUUGUCUCAUUAAGUGGAUAUGAUAUGACGCUAUUAGAGGAUCCAAAUGUAAAUCGAUUAGUGGAGAGUUUAAAUUUAUUUAAACAGAUUGUAAAUAACCCAUUUUUUCGAGAUGCCUCAUUCGUUUUAUUAUUAAACAAAUUUGAUUUGUUUAGAGAGAAGAUUUUGUAUUCUAAUAGACAUUUAAGGAUUUAUUUUAAUGAUUAUAAUGGUCCUGAUCGAGACGUCGAUCGCGGUGCUUUAUUCAUCCAACACAAAUUCGUUUUACAAAACUGUGAUUCAAGAAAAGUUCUCUACCCCCAUUUCACCACAGCUACAGAUACGGCGAAUGUCCGCGUCGUUUUCCAAUCAAUCAUGGAUAUGGUGAUAUCAGAGAAUUUGGGAAGGGUUACACUUCUUUAGUUAAUUUUUAUUUUUUUUUAAUCUUAUGAGGCUUUAUUUUAAGAUUUAACUUAGUUAAAAUCGACCUAACCUCAAAAUUUUUUUUUGACAUUUCGUUUUAUAGGUUAGGUUUGAUUUAAAAAGUGAUAUUUUUUAAAUGAAAUGGUUUAAUUAAGCUAUACGUUGAUAUUAUUUUUUGUUCAUACAAUCAUUUUCAUUGAUACAAUCAAAAAAUCAUUUAAAACCAAAUUAAUCGAUCUCAAUGUGUGUUCAAAUCUUUUCUUUAUUUUAAAUUGAUUUCGAUUUAAUUUAAUUUAGAAAAGGUAGAAGAUUUAGUUUGUUUAGAAGAUUAUCGUGCUGCUUAUCCCCUUAAAUAAUAAGAAUACAAAAGCGAUUUAAUAAAUUAAAACGAUUUAAAUAAUUACUUAACCUGUGAUACAGUGCCUUUUUCUAAAUCUCAAUGUAACAUAAAUUGAUUUUUUUGAUGUUUAUUAAAGAUGGUUAUAAGGAUGGUUAUAUUUAUUUAAGAAUUUGCUGUGUUUUUUACAACUUAUCCUACAAAAUAAAGAAUUAAUUAAUUUAAA